AUGUCCGUCACAAUGGGGGACCCCAUCACGACGGGGGUCCUAGAGAAGGAGAUUGCCCUCCACCAUGAGCAAACCAACAAAGACGCCGACUCCUCCAACACAUCCCUCCCCGAGCUCACCUGGACCGACGACGAAGAGCGCGCCAUCCGGCGCAAGAUCGACUGGCACUGUGUCCCCAUCGUGACAGUCCUCUACAUGCUCUGCUUCCUCGAUCGCGUCAACAUCGGCAACGCGCGCAUCCAAGGUCUCGCCAAGGACUUGAACCUCCAGGGGAUGCAAUUCAACUGGGCUUUGUCCAUCUUCUACAUCAUCUACCUGUUGUUCGAAGUCCCCAGCAAUGUCUUGCUCAAAGCCAUCGGCCCCCGAUUCUACCUCCCGUUUCUCGUCUGCGGUUUUGGUUUAGUCUCCCUCUGCACGGCCUUCGUCACCAAUUUUGGCGGAUUAAUGGGCGCCCGCGCCGUGCUGGGAGUAUUCGAAGGAGGCGCGAUGCCGGGCAUGGCGUUUUUCCUGAGCACCUUCUACAAGCGUGAAGAGCUGUUGUUUCGGAUCGGUAUCUAC